AUGUCUGGCAAGUACGUCUUCUCUCAGGGCCUCAAGGAGCUGCGCUUCCUCUUCUGCCAAACUUCUGAGGCCAGCGCUGCCACAAGGUCCUUCCUGAACCGCGCCUACCCGACCAUGAAGAAGCACAACCCCCAGACUCCUAUCAUGAUGCGCGAAGCCGCGGGCACCCCGCCGCGAGUGUUUGCCCGAUAUGCUUUCGGCAAGGAGAAGCAAGAAGCAUUGGCUGGCAUGUCCGACGCCCAGAUCGAGGAGCGCAUCACGCAGUUGGUGAAGGAGAAGCUAUAA